UUCUUUCUCUUUCUUUUCGAUUUUCCAACGCUAACGCAAACAUGGGUUUCGCUACGCUCUGGUACUCGCAUCCCCGUAAAUAUGGCCAAGGCUCCAGAUGUUGCCGUGCCUGCUCCAACCGUCACGGUCUGAUCCGUAAGUACGGUCUGAACAUCUGCCGUCAGUGCUUCAGGGAGUACGCCAACGACAUUGGCUUCAAGAAGCUGGAUUAAGCAUCCGCUUCAAAAUUAGGAUGUGCGCACAGCCUUCCACAAACAAUUCGGCAUAUUAAUUUUAGUAGUUGCUAAAAAAGAGGCUGCUAAAAUUAAUAUGUCGGCAACAACAGCAACAAGCAACAACAACCUAAUCAUAUGGAGAUUUAAAUGACAGGACAAGCCAUGAACAUUUGCAGGAUGCGCAACAGCACACUUGCUGGCUAGUAAAGAUGCAAAACAGAAAGAUUCUGUUCUGCAUCGUUACUUAAAUAAAGUGCAUAGAAACAGGAACGGCACAAGGCUCACAUCUUGGGUAUGGUUGAAAUACCACAUAGAAAUAUUUGUAACUUGUAGUAUUUUGCAAGAGUUCUGCGUUUAAACACUGCUUAUGUUUAAAUCUCCGUGUGAUUAAACUAUAACAAGACAAGAAAAUCCAAAAAAA